AUGGCGAUCAAGGAUUCCGGCUAUGUCAAGUGGCCGCCCAAGAUGCGAGGAGAUCCAACAACUAGGAACCCAAAUGUCUAUUGCCACUUUCACCGUGACAUCGGGCACAACAUAGAGAAUUGCCGAAACCUCCGUGAUGAAAUCAAAGAGUUGAUUCGCCAUGGGUAUCUAAAGAAAUUCAUCCAGCAUGAGGACAGGGAGAUAGUGGACCGGCAGGCCGAUCAGAGAAGGGAAGCUCCAAAGUCGAGUAGAAGGAACAAUCAACCACCUCAGCAACAGUCUCCACCAGAGGACAGGCCUAUCUACGAGGUGAUCAACAUGAUCACCAGUGGGUCCAUCGUUGCGGGGUGUACUACAGCAACAGGAAAAACCUCAAUUUGGAAGAUAGAGAACGAAGAUGAGAACCCACCGAAGUGGCCUAGGGUAGAAGAUCCCAUCUACUUUACCGAGGGCGAUGCGUGUGGGAUCCAGUAUCCGCACAAUGAUGCCCUCAUCAUCAAACUUGUGAUCGACUUCGAAGUAAAGCAGGUAUUGGUCGAUUCAAGAAGUUUGGUAGAUAUCCAAUUUUUAGAAGCAUUCGACAAGCUACAGGUAAAGCGGGAGGAUUUGAAGACAACAGACACGCCCUUGGUCGGGUUCAACGGCGAGGUGGUUAGGCCUCUCGACCAAGUUACAAUACCAAUUGCAGCGGGAGCAUGGCCCAACUCAAUGCGCUUCAAACACACGUUUUUGGUGGUUGUGACUUCGUCCCCCUACAAAGUCCAUCUUGCAUGCCCUACGUACGGUGGUGUCGACUUAUUACUUGUCCAUGAAAUUCCCAAUGAGCUGCGGAGUGGGGGUUGUACGAGGUGA